GUGUUACAUGGAGGGUCCCUGGCGGCCGUCAGCUGGCUAGUGUCAACAAGUCGCGUCGUGGGAGUUGCUGAUUUGGCCAGCCAGUUGCUAUUUCACGGUCUGCAGUGACGACGUAUGGCCCGCCAGUGACGACGUAUGGCCCACCAGUGACGACGUAUGGCCCGCCAGUGACGACGUAUGGCCCGCCAGUGACGACGUAUGGCCCGCCAGUGACGACGUAUGGCCCGCCAGUGACGACGUAUAGCCCGCCAGUGACGACGUAUGGCCCGCCAGUGCUAAAAGCAACAGUUACCAAAGAAUAGUACCAAAAUGAAUGAAGUAUCGAUGAAGCUGGCUGAACGUUUGGUUCCAGCAACUUACAUGCAUCAAGCGGCAGAGGCAAAAGCAACUCGGGAAAAACGGAUCAGGGUCCUGAUUGAACAGCGGAAGUGCCCCGACGAGGGCUGGGAUGAUGCCACCAUUGAGCUGCUGGUAAAUGACUUGGCUUUAAUGGACAGCAACAACUUCCACCAUAACUGUGGUGUUGGCGAGAGAGAGGCCAGAAUAUUUUCAGGGUUGGUGGCUCGACGUCACUAUGGCCUGGGCCACGGUGUGGGUCGCUCCGGUGACAUUGCCGAGGUUCAGCCCAAAGCAGCCGGCUCCAGUCUCUUAAAUAAGCUCACCAAUGCUCUAGUACUGGACGUCAUUAGGACUAUUGGUGUAAAGAAGACGGCGGGUUGCUUGGUGGUUCCGCUAGCCACCGGCAUGAGUAUGGUGCUCUGUCUCCUGACGCUGAGGCAAGAAAGGCCUGGGGCCAAGUACGUCAUAUGGCCACGCAUCGACCAAAAGUCUUGCUUCAAGUCCAUUAUCACAGCAGGAUUUCAACCAAUUGUUGUGGAGAACUCCCUAGUGGGAGAUGAGCUGAGAACUGACUUAGCAGAGAUCAGGCGGCAGAUAGUCUUCCUGGGACCAGAGACCAUUGCUGCCGUGAUGACAACAACUAGCUGUUUUGCCCCACGUGGUAUUGACAAGCUAGAAGAGGUGGCCAGAUUAUGUGAAGAGUUUGGGGUGCCUCACUUGAUCAACAAUGCCUAUGGUUUGCAGUCAUCCAAAUGCAUCCAUCACAUUCAGGAAGCUGGCAGAGUGGGCCGAGUUGAUGCAUUUGUGCAGAGCACAGACAAGAACUUCAUGGUGCCUGUUGGCGGUGCAGUGAUCGCCGGCUUCGAUGCCAAGUUCAUUGAGCAAGUUGGCAAGAUGUAUCCUGGCCGGGCAUCCAGCAGUCCUAUCGUAGACCUGUUCAUAACUCUGCUCUCAAUGGGCAUGAAGGGCUACAAGCAACUUCUGACGGAAAGAAAGGAACUGAAGAUGCUGCUCACGACACAGAUGGAGAUGGUGGCACAGAAACAUGGACUGCGUGUUCUCAGUACCAAGAAUAACCCCAUAUCUGUUGCCAUGACGGUGCCGAGUGAUGCCGGCUCUUCGCUAACUGAACUUGGCUCGAUGAUGUUCCUGCGUGGCAUCUCGGGAACUCGAGUUAUUGACACCGCAGAUGUCAAGACCAUUGCUGGUGUGGAAUUUGUUGGCUGGGGCAGUCAUACCAAGAGCUACCCGCAGCCGUACCUGACAGCAGCAGCCAGCAUCGGCAUGACCAAACAUGACGUGGAACUCUUCAUCCAACGCCUCGACAAAUGUCUGGAAAAGUUUAAAGGCGGCAAAACUCCACCUUCAGACCUAAGUAUGAACUGGGAUAAGAAAGCAGCAGUGGAUGAGGGUAUUGGAGAUAGGUGAACAUGUUAGAGUACUUUGGAGAUAGGUGAACACAUUGCGGUACUCUGAAGAUAGGUGAACACAUUACAGUACUCUGAAGAUAGGUGAACACAUUACAGUACUCUGAAGAUAGGUGAACACAUUACAAUACUCUGAAGAUAGGUGAACACAUUACAGUACUCUGGAGAUAGGUGAACACAUUGCAGUACUCUGGAGAUAGGUGAACACAUUACAGUACUCUGGAGAUAGGUGAACACAUUACAGUACUCUGAAGAUAGGUGAACAUGUUACAAUACUCUGAAGAUAACACAUUACAGUACUCUGGAGAUAAUAUGUUACAUUACUCUGGAGAUAGUUGAACACAUUACAGAACUCUGGAGAUAGGUGAACACAUUACAGAACUCUGGAGAUAGGUGAACACAUUACAGAACUCUGGAGAUAGGUGAACACAUUACAGAACUCUGGAGAUAGGUGAACACAUUACAGAACUCUGGAGAUAGGUGAACACAUUACAGAACUCUGGAGAUAGGUGAACACAUUACAGAACUCUGAAGAUAGGUGAACACAUUACAGUACUCUGGAGAUAGGUGAACACAUUACAGUACUCUGGAGAUAGGUGAACACAUUACAGAACUCUGGAGAUAGGUGAACACAUUACAGAACUCUGGAGAUAGGUGAACAUGUUACAAUACUCUGGAGACAAACAAUUGGCUAAUAUUAGAAAACCUCUACAGAUAUAACAAAAUAAAAACUUGAAAUGUGAGCUGUCA